AUGAUGAGGCAUCAACAUCGGGCAUUGAACUUGGCGACGGCAACAUGGGUGCUGUUCACACUGUUGCUUCCAUCAGACACGCAGCUCAUCAAUCCUGUCACAUCGUUCAUGAACUUCCUAAAUGAAGGCUCCAACCAACUUGAUAAUGAACCACCAGAUCAAAACAAAAUGCUGAGUGAAUAUGACUUCAUUAUUGUAGGGGCUGGUACAGCGGGAUGCGUGUUAGCAAACCGUCUUAGUGAAAUACCAGAUUGGAAAGUCUUACUCAUUGAAGCGGGUAACAACGAAAACUAUGUAAUGGACAUCCCAAUCGUAGCCAACUACCUUCAAUUUACAUCGGCUAACUGGGGUUAUAAAACAAUGCCAUCUAAAAAGUACUGUGCAGGAUUUGAGAACCAGCAGUGUAACUGGCCUCGAGGGAAGGUAGUCGGAGGCUCCAGUGUACUAAAUUAUAUGAUUUAUACGCGAGGAGCCAAGCCUGACUACGACAGCUGGGCGGCGAUGGGUAACGAAGGCUGGAGUUGGGACGAAGUACUCCCAUAUUUCAAGAAAAUUGAAAACUUCAACAUCCCAUCUUUCGAUGAUCCAAAAUAUCACGGACGUAAUGGACACCUCAAUGUCGAAUAUGCUCCUUUCCGAACAACUAAAGGGAAAGCCUGGGUCAAAGCAGCUCAAGAAAUGGGUUUCAAAUACGGUGACUACAAUGGAGCGGAACCUUCUGGUGUAUCUUUCCUUCAACUAUCAAUGAAAAAUGGAACUCGUCAUAGCUCCAGCAGAGCUUAUCUACACCCAGUCAAUGGGAGAAACAAUCUCCAUGUGUCUAAGAGCAGCAUGGUAACUAAGCUUAUUUUUGAUGAAACUAAGACUAGAGUUAUCGGAGUCGAAUUUGAAAAACAAAAUGUGAAACAUAAAAUAUUGGCCAAGAAAGAAGUUAUAGUAUCUGCUGGAGCUAUUAAUUCUCCUCAACUACUGAUGCUGUCAGGUAUCGGACCAAGGAAUCAUUUGGAAUCGAUGAGAAUAAAUGUUGUAAAAGAUCUACCAGUCGGAUAUAAUUUGAUGGACCACAUAGCUGCUGGUGGAGUUCAGUUCCUAGUUCGGCCGCAAAAUCUGACGCUUUCUACAGAAUACAUAUUAAAUCAUUUAGAACUAGUCUUCAAAUGGAUGAGAUCACAUAAGGGUCCACUGUCAAUUCCAGGUGGUUGUGAAGCUCUUAUAUUCUUGGAUUUAAAGGAUAAAUUCAACACAACAGGUUGGCCAGAUAUGGAACUGCUCUUCAUUUCAGGUGGAUUGAACUCAGAUCCUCUAUUACGCCGUAAUUUCGGUUUCGAUAACCAGAUUUAUGAUGACACUUACGGUCCGUUAGGAAGGUCCGAUGCCUUUAUGGUGUUCCCGAUGUUAAUGCGACCGAAAUCAAAAGGAAGAGUUAUGCUAAGGAGCAAAAACCCUAAGGCACACCCAGCAUUGAUUCCAAACUAUUUUGAGUAUGCAGAGGAUUUACAGAAAAUUGUAGAAGGAAUUAAAGUGGCUAUACAAAUAGCAAGACAACCGGCUUUGAAGAAACUUGGUGCCAAAUUGUAUGAUGUGCCGAUAGAGGAAUGUUUACAACACGGGCCGUUCGGAAGCGAUGCUUAUUUCGCUUGCCAAGCACAAAUGUUCACAUUCACAAUCUACCAUCAAAGUGGCACUUGUAAAAUGGGAGUAGAGAGUGAUCCUUCUGCGGUGUGUUUCCGUGGUUCCCUGCAAAGGAUGCGUCAUCGCCACAAAGCACCAGUUUUCUCAAUAUCUUGGAUGUUGCUCACAUUCUUACUACCAACCUACAGCAAGUACAUCAGCCCUAUAUCAUCUAUUAGGAAUUUUAUGCAAGACGAAACAGACCAGUUUGAAAAUGAACCGCCUGACGAAAUUAACUUAUUGCCUGCUUAUGACUUCAUUAUAGUUGGUGCCGGCACAGCAGGUUGCGUGCUAGGUAACAGGUUAACAGAAAUCCAUGACUGGAAAGUGUUGCUAAUCGAAGCUGGAACGAACGAGAACUACGUUAUGGACAUACCCAUUCUAGCAGGAUAUCUACAAUUCACAUCGGUGAACUGGGGAUAUAAAACAAUGCCUUCAAACAAGUACUGUGCAGGAUUUGAGAAUCAGCAGUGCAACUGGCCACGUGGUAAAGUAAUGGGAGGUUCAAGUGUGCUAAAUUACAUGAUCUACACUAGGGGCACCAGAUCAGACUACGACGGUUGGGAAGCCAUGGGCAAUGAAGGCUGGGGAUGGGACGAUGUGCUGCCAUACUUCAAGAAAAUAGAAAAUUAUAACAUACCAUCCUUUGACAACUCAGAAUAUCAUGGACACGAUGGCUAUGUUAAUAUUGAAUAUGCUCCCUUCCGCACAAGCAAGGGCAAAGCAUGGGUCAAAGCGGCUCAAGAAAUGGGAUUUAAAUACGUAGAUCAUAACGGAGCAGAGCCUUCAGGAGUGUCAUUUCUUCAGUUAUCGAUGAAGGAUGCUUGGCCAGAUAUGGAACUACUUUUCAUAGCCGGUGGAUUGAAUUCAGAUCCGCUAUUACGCAAGAAUUUCGGAUUUGAUGAACAAAUAUUUUCUGAUACAUACGGACCUCUAGGUGAAUCAGAUACAUUUAUGAUAUUUCCUAUGCUAUUGCGUCCUAAAUCGAAGGGACGAAUAAUGCUUCAGAGCAAGAAUCCUAAACAGCAUCCAGCGUUAAUUCCAAAUUACUUUGACUAUCCCGAAGAUAUGGCGAAAAUCGUUGAAGGGAUUAAAGUGGCAGUGGAAAUAUCAAAGCAGCCGGCUAUGAGAAAAAUCGGAGCUCAGGUAUACGAUGUGCCCAUACAGGAUUGUUUGAAAUACGGGCCAUUUGGUAGUGACGCUUACUUCGCAUGCCAAGCACAAAUGUUCACAUUCACAAUCUACCAUCAGAGUGGCACUUGUAAAAUGGGAGUAGAGAGUGAUCCUUCUGCGGUGGUGAGUCCAAGACUGAAAGUGCAUGGUGUUGAGGGCCUUAGAGUAAUAGACGCGAGUGUCAUGCCAGAGAUAGUGUCCAGUCAUACGAAUGCACCGGUUUACAUGAUCGCUGAGAAAGGAGCUGAUAUGAUCAAGGAAGAUUGGGGCAAAUUAUGA